AUGACGUGCUGUCCAGGCUUGACAAGGUACCAUCAGGAUAUGCGGCCAUCACAGGCGAGAAGUCGAGAGCGCACUAAGCCCGGCAGAGGUGCCUGGCUCUUCCAGCCAUUAAAUCCUAGCUUUGGACAAACCUCUUUCAGAACAAGUCUGGCCGAAGACAUUGUUUUGGCAGUAGUCUCUGAGCUAGAUGGCUUUGACAGUCAAAAUGGUGCCCAUGAUGGCUCUGCCAACGGUUCUCAAGUCGCCGAAUGGUCUACCGAAGACAACCAUCAAACCGCCGAAUGGACUGCACCGGAACAAGAAAACAACUUUAACACGUUCCACCCGGCUUUUCCAUUCGCAGGAGUAUGGAAUGAUGUUCCAGACGACGCGCCAGUCGAGGCACCUGAGACGGUCCUUCAAGUUUUCAUUGAAGUAUUUGCUACUACCACCACGAUCUGCACUAGAGGUCGUUCGACCCGGGCUCACGCCCUAGGCUUCGUCACUGGCCUCCAAGCCAGCCUGUUCCCCAGGGCUUCGUUUCUGCCCUAA